GUCAUUGAGGAGACAGGCACAAACAUGGGGAUGUUCACUCCUUUGUUUCUUGCUCUUACAGCGUUACCUUACCUUUCUUUAGCAACUGUUGUGCAAGACUUCAAUCAUGUGGAGAGAUGCAAGGACUCGCUGUACAUGGGGACGCCGCCACGUGGGAUUGUCGAUGUCCGGCUGAAGAAGAUCUGCCAACGCUACGCAGACAAACCUCGAUAUGUGACGCUGUACGACCCUCACAAACGGAUCCCGGUUUACUCGGCUUAUACCUUCAAGAAAACAGAGGGAGACAGGCGUGUGGACUACCCUUGGAUGUACGAACCACAGCUGGCAGAAAUCGAUGGAAAUGGGAACAUGUUGCCGUUCCCCAAUGGCUACCUCCACAUGAAGUUCGAGGACAGCCAGGCAGUACUAAACGACUACUCUGACGUUGUGCUUUAUGAAAGAGGUCACUUGAACCCAGACCAGCACCAGUCCACUCCACAUGACCGCGCUGCCACCUACACACUGACUAACGUGGUCCCAGAGAUCCGGGAGUUCAACAUCGGACCGUGGCGUGAGUAUGAGGAGCGAAUCCGAGUGCGCCUCAACAACUUCUGCCGUGGCACUGCCUACAUCGUCACCGGAGUGACCACCAGGGGGAACAUGAUUCGUCGCAACAACCAGGACCGGGUGGCCAUCCCCGAAGACAUAUGGUCCGCGUACUGUUGCACCGACUACGACCGCAACUCUCCCCACGACGUGCGCAUCCUCUUCCCGUCCCAUGCGGCCUUGGCCAAGAACGCCAAAGAGGGGAACAGUGUUCAUGAGAUGACGGUGCAGGAGCUGGAGAUAUUUCUGAAAAACCACAUGGAUGUUGACCAGAACCUUCAGAUCUUCUAUGACAACUGCGUCUCUCCCUCACCUCUCCCGCUGUACCUGCAGCAUACCAUCUGAGGGAUAUCCCAUUUACCACGUGUUGAUCUGUUAGACAUGUGUAUGAUCGUGCUAGCUUCAAAAGUUUCUCCUAAUAAGAAAGGUCAAUAAUAUAUUCCAGUAAAAAAAUAGAUAAUGUUUUGAUUGUAUCAAAAUUUGAAGGUGAAUUUGUUUUGCUGUACUUUCUUGAGAUCGACAUGAUUACACUGUUGUGUGGGAGGUGACGGAAAUUAAUUUGAUAAAAAUAUCACAAUCAACAAUAAUAAACCCUUUUGGUGUUUGUGUUUCUCAAACCAAAAUAUUUGACCAAUUAGAACAUUAAACUUUCAAUAAAUCCAGAGGUGUUGUAUUUGCAGUGACAACAGAUAUGAAUUAGUGAGUUUGGGGGUAAAAUUUCAACCUUCUAACAAAGCAUGAAGAAAAUAUUCACAACCCCUUUCUGUUAAACUUUGGGAAGGAUAGGAAUAGUUUUUCUUAAUUAAACUCUUCCGGAGACUUCUAUGGAUCUAUAUUCAGUUUGAGUUUGUCACAUUGUUUCCACUACAAGCAAAAAAAUGAUUUUAUAUGUGGUAGGAAAGUCAUAAAUAUUCAAGCUUAUCAGAGGAAAUUAAAUAUACUCACAAAUACAAUCUCUCAACCUGAUUGUCAAAAAGACACAAAGAGAUAUUCUAUUUUCCAAGACACAAUGUGAGCUGUCAGACCUCUCAAAUAGAAAACCCCUUUAUGUUUGCAGCAGUAAUUUUCCACUGCUAGUUUAGUCACACUGCCAUCUAGUGUGGGAGCAACAGUAGUGAUUGUGGUGUAUGUUGAAAAUAUAUAUUUUGCCCAAUAUAUAUAGUUGAAUA